ACUCUCGCCAAAUAUAAACAGCGAGCUCAAGGAGAGACCGAGGGGGGACUUGACGACAGAUUUCUCGCGAAGCGAAGAAGCUUCCAUCGCCAGAUCCCUCCCGCUUCCGCCCCCGCUGUUCCAUUCGAGGGGACCGUUUCCACCAACGCUCCCUCGUCCUCGGAGCGACCCACCCGCCGCGCUCGGCCGACAUGUGGGCCCCGGCGGCCUCGCCGGCGGGCAGGGCGCCCCGACCGCCGCCGCGGUUGCCGGCGGUGGUACGGGUCGUCGUCCCGCUGCCUGUCGCGGCGAGGGUGCGGGGGCUGCCGCUGCCGCCCAGUCGGCUCUGCCUAGCCGCGUCGCGUGCAUCGGAAAUGGCGGCCGCGGCCGAGGAUGGGGAGGGGGAGGGGGAGCGGAGGUGGUGGAGGGGGGCGGAGGAGAUGGACGCGGCUGUGAGGCGCGAGCUGGCGAUCCGGAGGCUGCAGGAGGAAGCGGAGGAGGCGGGGACGGGGAGGAGUAGGCGGGAGUUCGCCGUGUUCGAGACGGCCAGGGGAGACACGCUCUUCACCCAGUCGUGGACUCCCGCCGCCGCCGACCCCGUCAGGGGUAUUGUUGUUCUGCUACAUGGUCUAAAUGAGCAUAGUGGAAGAUAUGACCAUUUUGCAAAGUUGUUGAAUGAUCAAGGUCUUAAAGUUUAUGCGAUGGAUUGGAUCGGACAUGGCGGAAGUGAUGGCGCACAUGGUUAUGUUUCGUCACUUGAUCAUGCUGUUGGUGACUUGAAAGAAUUUUUAGAGGAUGUUGUGUUAGAAGAAAACUAUGGUUUGCCAUGCUUCUUAUUUGGCCACUCCACAGGUGGAGCUAUUGUUUUGAAGGCAGCACUAGAUCCUUGUGUGGAAGUUCAUAUAGAAGGUUUGAUCUUGACCUCGCCAGCUAUUCAUGUUCAGCCAUCUCAUCCGAUUAUCAAAGUUGUUGCACCAAUCUUCUCGGUGUUGGCUCCGAAAUACCGGGUUAGUGCUUUGCAUAAGAGAGGACCUCCUGUUUCCCGUGAUCCAGAGGCUCUGAAGAUCAAGUAUGCAGAUCCGCUUGUGUAUACUGGACCGAUUAGAGUUAGAACAGGCAACGAAAUCCUCCGGAUAUCAUCAUACUUGCAGAGAAACUUAAGUCGAGUUACAGUCCCUUUUCUAGUUCUUCAUGGGACAGCUGACACGAUAACUGACCCAAGAGCAUCCCAACGACUUUACCAAGCAUCAAUGUCGACUCAUAAAUCGAUAAAGCUAUAUGACGGAUAUUUACAUGACCUUCUCUUCGAGCCUGAAAGGGAUGAUAUAGCCAAUGACAUCAUCACUUGGUUGAGCUCAAGACUUAAUGCUCUCCACAGAUGGUAAGGUAGUGUUGUUCACAAAUUUGUACCUAAACUAUUAUCAGAAGAUAUCUGUAUGAGGUUUGAGGUACCCCCUCUGUUCCACAACAGCAUGCAUCGUUUCCUUUGAAAUUUUGGUUUGUACAUCGUUUGUCUUUGUACAUGGUGUUUGAUGGGUUCUGAAACAGAUACAGAUUCAGCUCAUUUCCAGUAAAUGACAAUAUAGAAAUACUGGAAUUGGAACUUGUAACAGUAAAAAAUGUGUAGUUCAGUGUCCAUCUUUUCAUCAGUUGUGCUAUUAUCAGUAGAAAGUUCGACAAUAUAUUGAACUGCUCUUGACCAGUUAUUGAUUGAUAUACACUAAUUUAUAUGGAACAGAUACAGUUCAUGCUGGGUACAGUUCAGCUCAUCUCCAAUAAAUUAUAAUAUAGAAAUACUGCAACUGCAACUUGACAGAAAAAAAAAAGGUGCAACUCAGUGUCCAUCUUGUCAUCAGUUAUGCUAUUGUAAAAAAGUGUAUCAAUUUGCAAAUAUAUAGAACUGCUCUCGACAAGUUAUUGAUGAUAUACACUAAUUUAUAUGAAGUGGAUAUCUUGUGUCAAGCAUUAUGCACCAGUUAUUUUCUUUACCAAUGGAGAUUUGCUUUCCUGUGGUGGUAUUGGUUUGUUUUGCUAUCCCUCUGUGCUGAAGUUUCCGUGAUAUGGUUGUGUAACAAGUGCCAAUUAGGUGCAUGCAGUGAAUUAACAGUUCAUAAAAUGCUG